AUGGCAGAGGGCAAAGCGAUCGGUAUUGUUUUAUUUUAUAUCCGUAACACAACUUUUUGGCCCAAGUGGUUCCUGGCCUAUCUCAAAGAGGCCGAAAAGCGUCACCGUCCGAAACCGGCCUACAUGAAGAAAUAACCGGAUAUCAACCACUCGAUGCGCACCAUUCUGGUGGAUUGGCUCGUGGAGGUUUGCGAAGAGUAUCGCUUGCAAAGUGAAACUCUCUAUCUGGCAAUUUCCUACAUUGAUCGAUUCCUCAGCUUUAUGUCAGUAGUUCGCGCAAAGCUGCAACUGGUUGGCAUUGCUGCCAUGUUCAUUGCUGCGAUUUACGAGGAAAUUCACCCACCAGACGUGGGUGUUUUUGUGUACAUAACUGACGAUACCUACACCAAAACGCAAGUGCUUCGUAUGGAGCAGCUAAUCCUGAAGGUGCUCGGAUUUGACCUAUCUGUACCAACCAUUUUGGUAUUUACUACCUUCUACUGCGUUAUGUACGACGUGCCGGAUAAGGUGAAAAACAUGUGCAUAGACCUCUGUGAAUUGUCACUGCUGGACGCGGAUCUAUUCCUUACGUAUUUACCGUUGAAGAUUUCGGCCGGUGCUUUGGCUCUCUCCCGCUACACGCUCGAUCUUUCCAUCUGGUUUCGGAUGCUGGAGAUUAAUGCCGACUACCAACUAGAGGAUCUUAAAGACAUCAUUCUGGACUUGAACAAAGUGCACCAGAAGGUGGAAUCGCUGGGACAGCAGGCCAUUAAGGAGAAGUUCAAGGAAAGCUAAUACAUGCAGGUGACAACAGGUGAACUGUCCGAGGAAGCAUUCGACAACAUGUGCAAAUCGUUCACAACGAUACCGUCAGCGCCUGCCGAAACAGAAGCCAGCACGGUGACUGGUUCCGCCCUGAAUCGGAAAGACUCGAUGCGGGAAAUGAUGUCAUCGUUGUUGUUUGUCUAGAGAGACCCCUUUGUCAAUUGUCCUCCUCGUCCUCGUCCUUGCCGAAUGUCCCCACUCCC